CGUUCCACCGAUCCCCAUGUCCGACGACCAGCAGCGCGGCGGCGGCGGCGGCCAGCGGCAAUGCCGGAGGGGCAUCACGCCCGACGUCGAGCUCGGCGCGGCCCUGGCGCUGGCCAACAUGGCCGGCUGUAGCGUCGGGCUCGGGCCGGCCGCCGAGCGCGCGCAGCCGAAGGCCAAGGCGCGGCCGGCUGUGGUGCAGCUGCACACUUGCGCCGCCGCCGAGGAGGCCAUGUCCGACGACGAAGAGAUGGCGAGCACCAGGCUGAGCCUGCAGCUGGGCAUGGUCGGGAUCCAGUCGUCCUCCUGCUCCAGCGCUGGGCGCCCAUCAUCGCGGCAGCCGGCACCGGCGCACGCCGCCGCGCCGGCUACUCACGGCCCCAGGCCACGGCACAUGCUCACCGAGGCGGAGAAGGAGGCGAAGCGGCUGCGGCGGGUGCUCGCCAACCGGGAGUCGGCGAGGCAAACCAUCCUUCGCCGGCAGGCGAUUCGUGAUGAGCUUGCACGAAAAGUUGCAGACCUCUCGUCAGAGAACGAGACCAUAAAAAAGGAGAAGGACCUGGUGAUGAAGGAGUAUCUGUCACUGAAAGAGACGAACAAGCAGCUGAAAGCUCAGGCACACGACCUCUCGCUUUCCUUAUUCUAAACAAGGGAUUUUCUUAUUCUCGUUCUUCUACUCUAGCAUCGUUAGGCCAAAGCAAAGAAAAAGAAGCAGGGGCCUAGCAUGUUCCGAAGAAGAAAUUAAUUAGAGGCUGGAACUAUCCAGUUGUUCGAUUCCAAGCUAGCCACAUGACCGACCUUUGUUGGGUCGUCACUCGUCAGCGCCGUACACGUAGCCGAGUUGGGAACUGUUUCGGCUGAGCCUUGCUCUGAAAUCUGUAUAGUAUGGAUGACCAUGGCUGUUUCUAUAAAUAUACCCUCCUCCAAUCUCA